CCGGUUGUGCACUUGUCACCAUGGUUGAGACCCGUAGUGGGAAGAGCACUAGCCCCUACACCUAGGAGCAACAAGAGAAGAUGGCCGCCUUAGUGAGAGAAAAUAAGGAGAGGAAAGAGCUUCUAAAGCAGGCGAAAUUAAAAGCAAUCGCAGAGGAGCAGGCGGCGAAGAUGAAGAAGUUGGAAAAAGAGAUGGAGGAGAAGAAAAAGGCUGCCGAGGUAGAAGCAGCAGCAGAAGCAGAAGAGGAGAGAAAACGCAGGGAAGUAAAAGGGGAGAGUAGUGGCACGGCGAAUGAGGAGGCAGCGAUGGAGAAGAAGAUUAGUGAGUGGAUUGCUAACUUAUCGUUGGGGGAAGACGAGGAGGCAGAGAUGUAUGUGCCACAGGAUGAGAGGGACGCGCUAGCCAGGGAGCUAGCGACAAUCGAGGACCCCCUGGAACGGCAAGAAACAGAGGAGGAGAAAAAGUUGGAGUGGAAACUGAGGAUGAAGAGGGAAAAGAAGAGAAGGAGGGAGGAAGUUAAUAGGUUGAUCGCAGAGGUGGUAAAGGAGCAGUUAGAGGAUCAGGUCUUUGUAGUAUAUAUUAGACCUGUCACUGAGCCUAAGCAAGAAUUUAGUUACACAGAUUCAACCAUUGCCAAGAUGCUGGAGGAGUUCAAAGAUUUGUCCGAGUCGCCGACAGGAGUAGUGCCGCGGCCGAUCCAGCACAUGAUAGAGAUAGACUCUGACAGUCGAACUCCUAAGGGAGCCAUCUACAGUAUGUCCCCUAGAGAGUUAGAGGAGCUGCGCAAACAGUUGGACGAGCUCCUAGAGAAAGGUUGGAUUAGGCCCAGUUCAUCUCCUUUUGGAGCACCAGUUUUGUUUGUCCCCAAGAAGGAAGGAGAGUUACGUAUGUGCAUAGACUAUAGGGGUUUGAAUGCCAUCACAGUGAAGAAUGUUGAACCACUGCCCAGGAUAGACGAUCUUUUAGAUCGGGUGCAGGGUUGCAAGUAUUUUUCAAAAAUAGAUUUGAACUCCGGUUAUCAUCAGAUAGAGGUUCACCCUGAUGACCAGUACAAGACUGUGUUCCGGACUAGAUAUGGGCAUUAUGAGUUCAUAGUGAUGCCCUUUGGACUAACCAACGCGCCAGCUACGUUUCAGCGUUGUAUGAAUGAUCUGUUUAGACCUUGGUUGGAUAGGUUCGUCGUAGUCUACUUAAACGAUAUCUUAGUUUUCCGUAGGACCCUCCAGGAACAUCAGGGUCAUUUGAGGCAGGUCUUGGAGAAGCUCAGAGAAGCUAACUUCAAGAUCAAUGCGAAGAAGUGCGAGUGGGCCAAGACACAAGUUUUGUACUUGGGCCACGUGUUAGAUGGAGAUGGCAUUAAGUCGGAGGAUAGCAAGAUAGCGGCAAUUCGAGACUGGCUGACGCCCCGCACGUUGACCGAAUUGCGGUCGUUCUUGGGCCUAGCUAACUACUACAGAAAGUUUGUAAGGAACUUUUCUACUAUCGCCGCUCCCUUGCGCAGGUUGCUUAAGAAAGAGGCAAUCUGGCAGUGGGAUAAAGACUGUACAUCUGCGCUGAAGAAACUGAAGCGCGCGUUAAUAGAGUACCCUGUCCUCAAAGUGGCAGAUCCGUCUUGCCAUUUGUCGCCACCACGGACGCGAGUCAAUAUGUUAGUCGGUACAGACCAUGCAGUAUUCAAUUCCACUCAGAAGCGGAAAGGGCAGCAUGAUUUCAAACUCAUUCCUAAUGGAGUUAAUGGUAUCGAAGAGCGCAUGCACAUCGUAUGGGACAUUAUGGUGAACUCUGGGAAAAUCACACCAUCAGACUACGUUCGCAUCACCAGCACUGCAUGUGCUCAGAUUUUCAACAUAUAUCCGAGGAAGGGUGCAAUUGCAGUGGGAUCUGAUGCUGAUAUUAUCAUUUUGAAUCCAGAAGGGAGGACAACUAUCAGUGCUGCCAAACACCAUUCUAAGAUGGACACAAAUGUGUAUGAAGGAUGGGACAUGAAGGGAAAGGUGGAGGUGACAAUAAGGAGGGGAGAGGUGGUUUGGGAGAACGAUGAAUUGAAGAACUCUGGGAAAAUCACACCAUCAGACUACGUUCGCAUCACCAGCACUGCAUGUGCUCAGAUUUUCAACAUAUAUCCGAGGAAGGGUGCAAUUGCAGUGGGAUCUGAUGCUGAUAUUAUCAUUUUGAAUCCAGAAGGGAGGACAACUAUCAGUGCUGCCAAACACCAUUCUAAGAUGGACACAAAUGUGUAUGAAGGAUGGGACAUGAAGUUCCUUUUCUUUUCUUUGUUAUGAUCCUGGCCAAUUUCGAAGUGCAAAUUCACAAGAAAGUACAAUGCCAUUCAAUUGCAAAAUAAAUGAAUGAACUUAAGAAGU